AUGCACGAACAAGCCAGAGACUCCAUAAGUCUACAUCCAGACAUCCCACCAGACCUAAGCCCAGCAAAGCGCACCUCAACGGCAAUGCCAAACGACAACCCAAUAGCACCCCUAACAAUGCGAGCCCUAUACUACACACCAGAAGUAACAACAAACGACCUCCCAGACAGCCUCCAAGGCGACGGAAAAUCCCUUGACGAAACCAAAACAACCAUCCGCAAACAGGGAUCCGGUCUAGUCCUCGACAGAAGCUUCUCAACACCACAACCCUCACCACACCAAUACCUCCUUAAAGUCCAAACGGCAGCAUUCUGCCACGACGAAAUAAGACUCGCCUCGGCAUUGAAUCCGCACAAAACCACGCCCCAGAUCCCACUGCAUAGUCUCUGUGGUACGGUGAUCAGUACGCCUGCCAAAGACGAUGACCGGGAUGGCGGUCCGCGGUUCCGGAUUGGAGAUACCGUCUUUGGAUUGUUGAGUUAUACGCGGGACGGGGGUGCUGCUGAUUAUGCUGUUGCGUGUGAGAUGGAGUUGGCGCUUAAACCGGGGAAUAUUACUACUGCUGAGGCGGCGGCGUUGGCUUUGCCCGCGCUCACAGCUUGGCAAGCGCUUUUUCGCUAUGCGGGGCUUGAUCCGGAUGUUCCUGGGGGUCUUGAUGAGGACGGGGACGCUGGGGGAAUUGGAACUGGGCGGUGGACUUGGCACGAGUCCAGGCGGAAUACUCUGGCCAGUGAUCCUGCUUAUGGAUUUGGGAAGUAUACUGGGCAUGGGAGUGGGGUUAGGGCCGGGAAUGCUGUUGGUGGAGAUGGGAGGAAUGAGUUUCAUGGGAGUAUUUUUAAUAAUAACUUUGAUCAGCGCCGGAGUUUGGGGAAUGAUUUGGCUAGUGGUGGUGCGAGUGGGAGUGCCAGUGGUGGUGGGACAGGAGGUGAGAAUGGACGCUGGGUUUGGCAAUGGAAUCGUCGUGGUACGAUCCUCGCUGGCAAUGGGGGCAAGAAUGAUCAUCCCAUGUCUCCUGCUUCUAGCUCUGCCUCUGGUGCUGGUUCUGGCAGAGUGGGCGGCACUCAAACCUCGAACCCAGAUAUGCAACGCCGCAACACGCUCCAGAACCUGGCAAGUAGCAAUGCACGUCGUGGCAGUCUGUUCAGUCUGAUCAAUGGACACCGUGAGAGUCAAUCCAACGCCAAUCAGAAUGGCAACGGCAAUGAACGCCGCAAUUCCCUACUCAAUCUGGUCAACGGAAGCCGAAACAAUCAGCCCAGAGGCAGUAUUGCUGGGAGUAUCAGUGAUAGUAUCAGCGGCAGUAUCAAUGCAACCAGAAAACAUCGGGACCCAUCGAUCAGGAUAUUGGUCACAAAUGCCCGAGACAGCGAAGUCGGCCGCAUUGCAGUGCAACUCCUAAGAGCAGAAACCCUAUUCCCCGCCACAGUCAGGCCCUGGAUCUGCGUGACCUGCACCAAAGCCGAAGAAGGAAUCAUCACGCAAGAGUGGGAUGUUGACGGGGUUAUUGUGAUUCCGCAUCUACCUCACCCAGCCGAAUGUGAUAUCGGUGGUACAUUCAAGCGCCAGCGCUGGCCGCCUGUCGAUAUUGUGCUGGACUGUACUGGCGGCGAGGUAUUCCGGCAAGCGCAUGCUCCCCGUGUCAUUAAGAACAACGGGGCUGUGAUGACGGUUGUAGAGGCGCGGUCUGCGGACCAGCCUCUCCAUCGUGCUGAGCGGGAUGUUCUUGGACAUCGGAAGAGAGGGAUCAAGACUCGGUUUGUUCCUCCUAACCCGGAUGGGGAGGCUAUGGCGCGGAUUGUGAAUUUGGUGGAGAAUAAUCUUGUUCGGGGGAAAGAGGAUACUGUUGUUGAUCUUGAUGGGGCAAUGGAUCUCUUAGCUGGAAAAGCUGCUGGGACUGCUGGCAGUCGGAAGGGGAGGAUGAUGGUUGUUAGACUUAAUGCCGGUUCGUCUGGAAAGACUCCUGUUGGACAGACUCCUAUGCGGUCCCCUUCUGUACGGACUCCUGUUGGACGGAAGAGAUCUUCUGGAAAGUCUCCCUCUGGACAGAUUCCUGCUGAUCUUUGA